GGAUACGCAACCGGGCACUGCACUCGGCAGUUCCAGAGGAGAAAAUGGAAGACAAACUGCGAUAGACUUGGUUAAAGACAAUUAUCACGAGCGUAUAACAAGAUUGCAGGUUGUUCACCAUGAAUGAAAGUAUGGAUAUUGAUCCAAAUGAUGACGUAACGGCUGGUGAUACAGAGGAACAUGGUGGUGGUGAUGCAGAGGAACCGCUGGAGGUUCAAGGUGCCGACAAGACAUCUAGGCCGACUCUCAUGGAGUUCAAAAAGACUUGGGGUUUCAGACGGUCAACCAUUGCCAGGAGGGAAUUUAUGGAUGAGAUUGGAGACCCAGAGCCCAGUCCUCCACUUGUGCGACGGACCAGUGGUCGCCAGGCUAGACAACCAUCCCAGACGCCCACAGUUACUCCUAAAAGAGGGCAGGGAGGUCCAAGUGUCGUAGCUGAUUUGGAGUGGUCAGCUCCAUCCUCCCCAGUGGAGGCAGACCCAGACGCAGAGGCCUGCUCUGGUGGGAGCCUCAAUCCCAGCUCAUGGCAAGACUUUGGUUCUGCUUUCCACACCGCCUUUUCCCUUUUAGGAGAGAAGGACGUGUCCAUCGCUGCCCCUGACAUUGGUGUGGGUGGGGAUGGGGAUGAUGGGCCUAGUGGGGAUUGUGUGCCAAGUGGGGAUUUAUUGACUCUUUCCAGUGCAGAUGUGAUUGCAAUUUCCUCCAAUAAAGAGGAUGACAGCGAAGAACUCACUCUCAAGGAACUCCAGGAAAAGCUGAAGGCCAAGGGGGGUGGCAGAGGCCGGGCUAAAGGUGGGGCGAGAGGGAGAGUGAGAGGGAGAGGGCGAGGUAGGGGCAGAGGGAGAGGUAGGGGUCGAGGAAGGGGGAGGGCAGAGCCUGAGUCCAGUACUGCUGACGAGGAGGAAGAAGUGAUAUUUGUAAAUCAGGUUGAGCAGCAAGAGAGAGUAAGGAGUCCUGAGAAAGAUAUCAUAAGAUUUGAGUCUCAAAGCCCCAUUCAGCUAUCCAGCUCAGACUCUCCAACUGCUGAGACUGACAUGGAACAGGUGACAGAAGAAAAGCCUAAUCAAUUUGAUGACGCCCCAGAGCAAGAGGAGGACAGGAACACUGAGUACUCGAGCAUAUCAGACAGUGAUGGUUAUAACCCCAAUGCUCUUUAUUGCAUCUGUCGACAGAAGCACAACAAAAGGUUCAUGAUCUGCUGUGACAGUUGUCAGGACUGGUUCCAUGGCCAAUGUGUUGGCAUUACCGAGGCUCAGGGUCGCCAGAUGGAAAGGAGCAGGCAGGACUACAUCUGUCCUAACUGCAACAGUCGUAACCAGAGCCAGUCCCAGACCCACCAGAGCCUGCCUGAAGGUCUGACACUUCCUACUUUGGUACAGGAAAAGGAAGAGGAUGUCCAGAAUGAGCCGGUCCAUGAAACGCCAGCCUUAAAGGAGGCUAUGGUGAUUGAGGAGAUGACUAAGGUGGAGGCUGAGACAGAGACAGAGAGCUCCCUUUCCUGCUGCAUUGGCCCUGGGUGCCCUAAACACGCUUUACCAGAAUCAGUCUACUGUAGCACAGACUGCAUCAUCCAGCAUGCUGCAGCCACCAUGAAAAGCCUCUCCGAUUCCAAGGAGCCCAAAUUGAAAGCACGGCCACAGAGGAAAGCAGCUACCAAAGUCAUUCCUAAGGGUCAGAGGUCUGGUCGGAUGACUAGGACGUCAGCAGAAAAACCUGAUGCAGAAACUGUAGAGGAGAAGGAGGAAGAAGAGGAUCAGGAAGAGGCCAAGUCAUCCUCAUCCUGCGACCCUAAACUCACUCCAGUUCAGGCUACUCCCAUAGCAUCGUCUAUGUUUUACAAGGCGUCCGAUAAAGACAGUGAGCAGGUAGAUGCUGAGAGUGAGACAGUAAAUCUACCGAGGCAGUCUCCAGAUGCCACUCCCUGCUCUGAGAGCCCCUCUGAGUCCUCACCCCCUCUGGGAGGUGCUCCGGGGAAGACAACAAAACCAGUUAAUGGUGACAGUGUAUCAAGGAAAGCUGCUGUUGACUCAGCGCUUUCUCCUCAACCCAUCCUCUCAAAAUCAAGUCCCUCUCCAACUCCAGAGACCCCAGGCACGUCAACAUCCAGACAUCAUGACACCGGUGCCCUAAAGAUUAGCAAAACCUCAUUCAUUAUCCCCAAGAAGCAACAUGAAUCAUCCCCCAGCUCUGUACCAUAUUCACCCUCGGCUGGAAGUUUGUUGGCAGAGACUAGGACUCUGCCUGUGUCCCCGGCACCCAUUGCCCCCUCCUCCAGACCCUCACAGCCAAACAACCAGGUCAGGCAGAGCAUCCAGCGCUCACUCACCAGCAUCUUGUUUAAGAGGGUUUGUGACUGUGACGACUUGGAGAUGUCUGAAAGUGAUGUUGGGAAACUUGUCACAAACAUUGAGAUGGAGAUGUUCGACAUAUUUCGCAAUACAGACAGCAAGUACAUGAAUAAGUAUCGAACAAUCAUGUUCAAUAUAAAAGACCCCAAAAACAAGGGCUUGCUGUACCGGGUCAUCCGGGGGGAGAUCAGCCCCUUCAGGCUGGCCAGGAUGAGUCAGAGGGACAUGCAAGCCACCAAAGUACCAGAGAUCAAUACAAAGGUCACAGAAGAGGAGUGUGGUACUAAAGCCCCAUGUCUGCAGCUGAAGCCAGAAAUGACCAAGAUGGAGCUACCCAGUUUGACUGCAGCUCCUUCCAGGACUAAUAGGAACAUUGAACUGAAGAAAACACUUCCUCCUCCCCUCAAGGCCAGGCCAAAUCGACCUAGUCAGAGCACCUCUGUCCCAGACAUUCUCAAUUGUAUGCUGAAAGAUACAACCGCAGAGCACCGGACUCACUUGUUUGACCUCAAGUGCAAAAUUUGCACAGGUCAGAUAACAGCUGACGAGGAGGAGGAGCCAGAACAGAAAAAAACAAAGUUUUCAGCCUCUUCAUCAAAUAGACCCUCUGAGUCAAAUAGAGACAGGCAGCAUUAUGGCCAAUCCUGGAUGUAUGGAAGCUCCCAGGAAGGAGCAUGGAAGAAUCCAACAGGGGGUGACUCUCCCCUCCUUGCCCCUCCUGACUCUCCCAUCUUGGAUUCCCCAGUCUCCCUUGUUAUUGAUCCCCGUGGCCGUCCAUUCUCUGAAACCCCUGCACCUACUUUCAUGGAUUCCCCUGCUUCUCCUGUUUUGGACUCUCCCGCUUCCCCUAUGCAGGAUUCACCAAGCUCCCCCAUCAAUGACUCUCCUGCAUCCCCAACACAGGACAACCCCAUAGUUAAAGCACCUACCAGAGCCUACACACCAGUAAUGAUCCCGGCUGUAUCUACAGUAACAAUCACAAGACGUGACCCCCGAACUGCUGGCAACCGGCCUGCUGCCAUGACAACUGUUUCUUCCACCCCAGCUCCACCCACACCAGUAUCCUAUGUCCCUGUACGAGAAACUGUGACCUGGACCAAGCCAGCCCUUCCUUUACCACCAUCACUACCACCCCAAGCCUUACCCAAAUCAAUUUUGAUGAAGCCAUCUUCUUCAGCAGACGCUAGAUUUUAUGGUACAUCAGGAUCAUCCUCAAGUGCAGUGAACUCUCAUUCCCCUCCUGAUGGAGAGACUGCUCAGUUCCUGGCCAAACAAGACAUUACGUGGAAGGGUUUCCUUAACAUGGUCAGCGUUGCCAAAUUUGUCACCAAGGGAUAUCUGGUCUCAGGCUCUUCAGAUUGUCUAAAAAUGGAUCUGCCUGAUACCAUACAGAUUGGCGGACGAAUUUCCCCUCAAACUGUGUGGGAGUAUGUUGCUAGAGUGAGGACCUCUGUGACAAAGGAGCUAUGUGUGAUCCGUUUCCACCCAGCAACAGAGGAAGAAGAGGUGGCGUAUGUGUCCCUGUUCUCUUACUUCAGCAGCAGAAAACGUUUUGGUGUUGUGGCCAAUAACAGCCGCAGCAUUAAGGACUUAUAUCUGGUUCCACUCAGUGCAAAGGAGAUCAUCCCCUCCAAACUUCAACCUUUAGAUGGGCCAGGGCUUGAGAAGAAUCGCCCCAAUCUCCUGCUGGGCUUGGCAAUUUGCCAGAGACCAAAACGUCCCGGAAACUCUCUGCAAGAGGCUGAAGAGAAGAGACCCAAGAUUCACAUGUCUAAAGAUCCGAGAGAUACUGGCCUUCCAAAACCCCCAGUUCUUUAUGGCUCUGACAAACUGGAAAUGUUCCAGCCCUACGACCCAGAGACCCCUAUCUUCACCACCUCUCCUAGCUCCCCUCCCUCAAUUGGAUCCCCAUCAGACUCUUCCUCCUCUGGCUCAAUAACAAUCCCAUCUCUUCUGGCUUCGAACAAAACUCUCCUCACCUCUGCCGCACCCCCCGCCUCUGCCUCAGCCCCCAUCUCUGCUACCCUCUCUGCAAAGAACACCCCUAACUCUAGUUCACCUAGUGGUACCUCCACUACCGGUACCCACACCAAUCCCCUUCAGACUAUCCUGUCGACACUGUUUGGAAAAAAAACUAAUGACUCUGUAGCUCCAGCUGUGAGCACCUCUCCUGUGGUGCCUGUGGCUCCAGCCGUUUCAGCAUUGCCUCUUCCUCCCCCCCCCCCAAUUGUAGAUCCAAUAGUUCAGCAGUAUGGACAGAAAUCCAAAGUUACAGCAAUAGAGGACGAGGAAACUGAUUUUGAUCGGCCGUAUGAUCCAGAGGAGGAAUAUGAUCCAGUAAAGGGGUACGGAAUGGUUGCUCCGGUUAGGAUUCAAAUGAUUAAGAAAAAUACCCUUGAGGAGCCCAUGGAUGAUGGGGUGGCUUAUGACCCUGAGGAUGAGACCAUAUUUGAUGUUAUGAAAAAUCAUGUGGUCAAUGUAGCAAAAGUCCCUGUCCCAACUCCAACACCAGACACAAUUCCAGCCCCAGAACCGACUCCAGCUCCUGUCCCAGCCCCUCCGGCCCUCCCUGGGCCUGUCCCGGCCCCUGUGGACAUCCCCCAUGUUGGUACUGUGGUUGUGUCAGCUGCAACACUAACUGAGCAACAGCGAAUGCUGGAGGAGCUUAAUAAACAGAUUGAAGAACAGAAGCGUCAGUUGAAGGAGCAAGAGGAAGCGCUUCGCCAGCAGAGAGAGGCAGUAGGCAUGUUCAUGGCACAUUUCUCUGUCUCUGAUGCCUUAAUGUCUCCUCCUCCUAAAUCUGGGACUGCUAACCUGAAUCAACCAAAUGCCUCAGAGGAGUCUGAAACCAAACAUUCUGAUGUUUCUAAUGACAAGGACAGGGACUCUAGACAGAGCCUGACCAUGAAAUCUGUAAAGAUAGAAACAUCCAUACAACAAGUCACUGUCAAGCAGGAGAUUGAGACAGAAACCCUAACUGUUUCACAUGCAGACAUGAAUAACGUUGAACAGUCGCUUCAGGGUGAUCUAAAAAUGGAAAAAGAUGAGGACAGUAAUUCUACAACUGGUGAGAUUGAAGACUCUGAUGUUGCUUACGACCCAGAGGAUGAGUCCAUCUUUGAUGAGAUAAAAGAUGACAUUAAAGGAGAGAGGAAAAUACUGACGCGUGAAUCCUCUGUGUCUAGCUCGUGUCGUGGAGCAUCCCGCAGGGACAUUUCACCUGGCCUACAUCAGCGUGGACUUUCCCAUGAGAGAAGACGCAGGGAAUCACCAAAAAGGCGGGGUCGUAAACCCAGGGAUCACCGUAUUAGCCCUCCACACAGACUUUACCGACAUUCACCUGGACGCAAUGAGAGGCGGAAGGAGAGACACAGACGGAGUGACAGAUCAGGUCACAGAGCUCGGGACCACUCUGAACACUCAGGACGUCAUCUUCAUCGCAAAGACCGCAAGCCGCGGCGGCGCUCCAGUGGCCAUCGAAGAUCUCCAUCUUUAACGAGACAAAAAAAUGAUUCCACUUCCUUUUCAGCAGGUGGACAAAAGAGGCCCUCUAAGGAAUCAGUGGCCCCAGAAUAUACCUGCCCAGAUGGUUCAGAUCCUGGACUGCUCCCAGAGUGUCAAAACUCAGCCCAGCCCUUUCUUGAUAGGCAGCAUGAGGACAAAACAAAUGCAGACUGCUCUCAGUCUAUGCCUGUAGGAUCACAACAAGGACUUUCUGAGAACGCAGGCACUGCAAUGUCCCAUGGUCGUCACCCAGCCCAGCAGCUUGAGGAUCAACAACCCAGUCAAAACAAGGUAGAAACAGGCAGCAAGCAUCAAAACAACAGAGGAGGGUCCCUUCCAAGGGAAGUAAUGGGCCAACUCAAUGUCCAGAGUACAUCAGAGAACCAGCAACUCUCUCAAGGUCCUUAUAAUACUGUACCAAAACAACACAUUGAGAGAUGUCACAGUAGAGAGGCUAAAGGUUCGGACCAGAGGGAUGAAGGCAUUGGCCUGGAUAUCAGAGGGGUGCGUCCACUUGCUAGGGGAAUGAGAGGGCCGGAUAAUGAAGGACACCCAACAAGAGGAGAUUUGAGAUGGUCUGGCAUGAGAGAGCAAGACGCCAGCAUGAAAAGCACAGACCCAGGGUCUUGCGCAAGAGACCAAGGUGUGAAUGAACCUGAAAUAAGAAUGGCUGGUUUAGAAAUAAAAGGCCCAGUUAAUAGAGCUUUAGGAGUGAUUGGUCCAGGAGCACACUUUGGAGAUCCAGGUCUGAGAAGGGAGAACAUUUGCAAUGAAAGGACAGGUCAAGCGAUGCCAGUCUCAGACUUAAAAUUUGGUCAAAUGGGGCCAGCCAUGAAGGAGCCACACAUAGGAAGCCUAGAACCAGAGAUGGGAUGUCAAGGCUUUAGGAGUACAGAACUAGAUGGCAGAGGCCCAGGUCCAAACUUCAGAGGUCCCGGUCCAGACAUGAGAAGUCCAGGCCCAGACAUGAGAGGCCCCGUCCCUGCCUUCAGAGGCCCAGGCCCAGACUUCAGAGGUCCAGGCCCAGACAUGAGAGGUCCAGGCCCAGACAUGAGAGGUCCAGGCCCAGACAUGAGAGGCCCCGGCCCAGACAUGAGAGGCCCCGGCCCAGACAUGAGAGGCCCAGGCCCAGACAUGAGAGGCUCAGGGCCAGGCUUCAGAGGCCCAGGCUUCAGAGGCCCAGGCCCAGACAUGAGAGGCCCAAGCCCAGACAUGAGAGGCCCAGGCCCAGACAUGAGAGGCCCAGGCCCAGACUUCAGAGGCCCAGGCCCAGACUUCAGAGGUUCUGGCCCAGACUUCAGAGGUCCAGGCCCAGACUUCAAAGGUCCAGGCCCAGACUUCAAAGGCCCUGGCCCAGACAUGAGAGGCCCUGGCCCAGAUAUGAGAGGCCCUGGCCCAGACUUCAGAGGCCCUGGCCCAGACUUCAAAGGUCCUGGCCCAGACAUGAGUGGCCCAGGCCCAGACAUCAGAGGCCCAGGCUCAGACUUCAAAGGUCCUGGCCCAGACAUGAGAGGCCCAGGCCCAGACAUGAGAGGCCCUGGCCCAGACUUCAGAGGCCCUGCCCCAGAUUUCCGAGGUCCUGGCCCAGACAUGAGAGGCCCAGGCCCAGACAUCAGAGGUCCAGGCUCAGACUUCAAAGGUCCUGGCCCAGACAUCAGAGGCCCAGGCCCGGACUUCAGAGGUCCAGGCCCAGACUUCAGAGGUCCUGGCCCAGAUAUGAGUGGCCCUGGCCCAGACUUCAGAGGUCCAUGCCCAGACGUGAGAGGUCCAGGACAAGACUUCAGAAGUCCAGGCUCAGACUUCAGAGGCCCCUGCCUGGACAUGAGAGGUCCAGGGCCAGACUUCAGAGGUCCAGGCCCACACUUCAGAGGUACUGGCCCAAACUUCAGAAGUCCAAGCCCAGACAUGAGAGGCUCAGGCACAGAUAUGAGAGGUCCAGCACAAGACUUUAGAGGCCACCAUUUUAGGACUUCACAGGAUGAGAGGGGACAUUUAAGCCCAGACAUGACCGGGCCAGGGCAAGGCAUUUCAGGCACAGACAUUAGAGGUCCAAAGUCAAAUGUCAGGGACUCUGAUGCGAAUGCACCUGAGCCAAACCUGAGAAGUAUAGGCACAAGAGGCGCAGGGCUAGAUGAGAGAGAUCUAGGGUCAAACAUGACAGGGGAAGGGCCAGAUAUCAGGAAAGCAAGACUUGACAUGAGGGAUCCAGGACCUGCAUUGAGAGGUGGCAGAAGAAGGCUUGUUGUAGAACCUGAAGUGAGGCAUCGUAUUUCAGACAUUAGGGCCCCAGGUAUGAAAGGUAUUUGCCCAGAUAUGAGGGGUCCAGGGCCAGACAUGCUCGAUCCAGAUCAGAGAAGCCCAGGCCCAGACACAAGGGUUUCUAACAUAGAGGACAGUAGAGAUCCAGAUCUGAGACGUCCAGGGUCCAACAGAAUAGGCUCCAGCCUUAGAGGGGGAAGAACAGGGUCAGCCAUAAGGGAGCCACAUAUAGAGCUAGAAAAAUACGGACGGGAUCCAGGGCCAGAUGUUAGAGGGUUAGACAUUAGAGGUGAAGAUAGAAGUUCUAGGCCAGACUUUAGGAGACGAGGGUCAGACAGAGGUGCAGGACCGAGUAUGAGGGGACGGAGGCCAGGUAGAGGGCCUGGAUCAGGAAUAAGGGGACGAGGGUCAGGCAGGGGUCUAGAAGUAGAUAAUCGAGGUCCAUGGUCAGACAGUAGAGGUCCUGUUCCAGAUAGAGAGAUAAUGGGUCAAGGAUCACACAUAGCAGAAGAAGGGUCGGAUGUAAGGGGACCAGGUAUCAGAGGCCUAGGUCUAGAUAUAAGGAAUGAUUGGAGAGGUCCAGGUCCAAAAAUGAGGGAGGACAACAGAGAGCAAGAUAUGAAGGGUCCAGAACUUCCAGCUAGAAGUGUAUGUAUGAAGGGGGGUUUGGGAGACAUAAGGGGACAAGAGAGACAUCCAGACAUACAAGGAAGAAGGCCAGACAUGAGGGAUACAUGGGAAGGGUCAGACCCAGACACAAGGGAAGAAUGGAGAAGAUCAGGGCCACAAACGAAGGAUGAAUGGAGAGAGUCAAACCCAGAGGUGAAGGAUGGAAGGACAGGGUCAGCGGCAGAUGCAACCAAUAAAUGGAGUGGUCCAGGUCUGACUGGUCCUGAUAAUAUCAAGGAGAGGAAAGGACCAGAGAUUAGGGAGGAAUGGAGAGGACCAGGUCCCAGAGGCCCAGACCAAUGUGGUAGAGACGGAGGUGAAUGGGAAGGACCGGGGAAAGACAUGAGGGAUGAAUGGAGAAGAACAGGGCCAAACGUAAGGGAGGAAUGGGGAAGGCUAGGCCCAGAUGUAAGCGGUCCUGAUAUGAGAGGCCCUAGCAUGCAAGGUAGGCGAGGUUCAGGUCCAGAUAUGAGAAGUCUAGAACUCCAUGGGGGAGAUCCUGAUAUGAGGGAUGAAUGGAGAGGCCCAGGGCCACACACCAGAGGUCCCUGUUUUAAGGAGGAAACGAGAGAGUCUUGUCCACGGAGUUCAGGGCAAGGUCCCAGAGGGUCAGAGCCAGUGCUGUAUGAUAGAGGUCCUAAUUUGAGGGAAGAAUGGAGCGCUGAAAACACAAGACAAACAGAAAUAGAUAUUGGAGGCCCACAUACUAAUGAAAGGAGAGGAACAGUUUGGAGGGAUCCUGCAGACUUGAGGAGACAUGGGCCAGAUUUCAGAGGAGAAAGUAAAGGUCCAGAGCCAGCCAUGAAAGGUCCAGAAGUAAGGAAGGACAGGAAAGGAUCAGACAUCAGAGGGGGAGAAAGAAGAGGUCCAGAAGUAGAUAGAGGUCCUGACAGUGUGGGGCCCGACAUGAGGGAGGAUAGGAGAGGUCCAAACUUCAGAGGUCCACGGCCAGACAUGGGAGGACCAGACUUUAGAGGCCCUGACACUCGGGAAGAUAAGAGAGGUCCAAACUUCAGGGGUUCGGGGCCUGACAUGGGAAGACCAGACUUUAGAGGCCCUGACAUGAGAGAUGAUAGAGGAGGUCCAAACUUCAGGGGUUCGGGGCCAGACAUGGGAGGACCAGACUUCAGAGACCCUGACAUGAGAGAUGAUAGAGGAGGUCCAAACUUCAGGGGUUUGGGGCCAGACAUGGGAGGACCAGACUGUAGAGGUCCUGACACUCGGGAAGAUAGGAGAGGUCCAAACUUCAGGGGUUCGGGGCCAGACAUGGGAGGUCCAGACUUUAGAGGCCCUGACAUGAGAGAUGAUAGAGGAGGUCCAAACUUCAGGGGUUUGGGGCCUGACAUAGGAGGACCAGACUUUAGAGGCCCUGACACUCGGGAAGAUAGGAGAGGUCCAAACUUCAGGGGUUUAGGGCCAGACAUGGGAGGACCAGACUUUAGAGACCCUGACAUGAGGGAUGAUAGAGGAGGUCCAAACUUCAGGGGUUUGGGGCCUGACAUGGGAGGACCAGACUGUAGAGGCCCUGACACUCGGGAAGAUAGGAGAGGUCCAAACUUCAGGGGUUCAGGGACAGACAUGGCAGGACCACACUUCAGAGGUCCUGAACCAAGGGAGGAUAGGAGAGGUCCAAACUUCAGGGGUCCAAGGCCUGGCAUGGGAGGACCAGAUUUUCGAGGCCCUGACAUGAGGGAGGAUAGGAAAGGCCCAGGGCGAGACAUGAGAGGACCAGACUUUAGAGGCCCGGGACCGGACAUGAGAGGGCCAGAUUUCGAGGGGCCUGGUCUAGACAUGAGAGGACCAGACUUCAGGGGGCCAGGUCCAGACAUGAGGGGGCCAGACUUCAGGGGGCCAGGUCCAGACAUGAGAGGGCCAGACUUCAGGGGGCCAGGUCCAGACAUGAGAGGGCCAGACUUCAGGGGGCCAGGUCCAGACAUGAGAGGGCCAGACUUCAGGCGACCAGGUCCAGACAUGAGAAGGCCAGACUUCAGGAGGCCAGGACCAGACAUGAUGGAGGAUAGAAGAGGUCAGGACUUCGGGGGCCAAGGACCCAAUAUGAAAGGCUCAGACUUUAGAGGUCCUGGCACAAGGGAGGAUACUAGAGGGCCAAACUUAAAAUGCUCAGGGCCAGAUAUAAGAGCUCCAGGCUUUAGGGGCAGAGGGACAGAUAUUAAAGGACAGGAUUUUGGGGGCCCUAGGCCAGAUAUUAGGGAUCCAUCCAUAAGUAAGGAAAUGAGAAGCUCAGAUACAAGCAGACAAGACAAGUGGGAAGAGAGAGUUCAAAAUGUCCGGGGUCCCAAAAUGUCUGAAGAACUCAGAAAAAACAAUUUCACAGCUAACAUAGGGCCACGGAGAUCACCUUCUCCCGAUUUCAGCAACCCAAAGUUUCCUUUAUCUCAUCAAAGGGGUCAUUUUGAAAAUCAAAAGGGCGGCCAUCCUCCUGGAUUGCCUGGCCCUAGUGUUCCUCAUCCCUUACCGUUCAGCAGGUCCAGACGCACAUCUCCAGGGCAUGUUACAGACAGUGGGGGGAAGCCACGUUUAGGUUUUGACAGUCCACUUAAUAAAUCAGGAGUUCAACUGCUAAAGCAUAAAACACCCUUACUCCCUACUCCCACUGAAGCCAUUAAUCACUUACCACACCACGUAGUUAACAACUCAUCCGCCCGCUUUUCAGAGGAGCGAAUAUUGUCUGAAGAGAAUAAAAGAGGGCAAGAUGGCAUUCAUGGGAGGGAUUGGAAUAGAGGUAGGCAAGUGAGUCUGGAGCGAGAAAGUGAUAGAGGAGCUAUCCAACAGGAGGGAAGACAGAAGGGCAGAGGUAGAGACACAGAAAGGCAUAGGGAGGAGGAGGGUAAGGCAGACAUGGAUAAAGCCAGAGCCACAGAUUGGAGAGGGAAAGACGCCACUAAAGAAAGUGGAAAGAAACUGAGAGACGGAGAACAGGAUAAAAAAGAUGAUAAUGUUAAAUUGACAGAUAUUCCACAAGACACACAAGACAAGAAGGGGUCCUCUUAAUUUAGGACUUAACUGCUGGACUUAAUAUUUGUAAAUAAAGUUUUUUAUGUAUUUGUUUUGGGGGGGGGGGGGGAUAUUAUGCAGUGUUAAAGAAUGUCAGAUGGAGAUCCUUCUUCUUUAAUCAAAAUGUUAUAAUGCCUGUGUUAAUCAUUCAUAAGGUAUUUUUGUGGACUGUUUUGUGAAACAUCUGUUGGUCAUUAGCCUUCUUCUGUAAGUCGGUUUGAAGGUAACCAGAUAGUUGCACUACAAAUUUCCUGAAUGUAAUUUUAUUAAACUUGAUUUAUAAUUUUUCAGUAGGUUAUUAGCUCAGCUCAAUAGUUACUGAAAGUCAAAUGUGUACAGUGUACAGGUUUUUUCCCCUUCUAAAUGCAAGAACAGCCCAACUGUCAUCUGGUUAGAAAGGCCUAUUUGUUAAAACUUUGUUGGACUUCAACUUUGUUGAAAUUUGUUA